AUGGAGCGAUGCAAAACUUUGGAGGCGCUAUACAGCCAUGUGCAAAACAAAUCAAAGGUGCAUGCUCGAACUGCCGUCGUUGGAUAUGAAGAAACCGCACAGGGAGUUAGUGUCACAACCGAGGAUGGCGAGCAGUACCACGGCCAUAUACUCAUCGGCACGGACGGGAUCCACAGCAACGUGAGAAAGCUGAUGGCCGACAAAAUCAGCGUGACUGAUCAGUCUCUCGCCAAGGAAAUCAACGAGGCGUUCACAAGCGAGUAUAACUGUAUCUUUGCUGUCUCGAGGAAUGAUGCCGAAAAUCAGUUCCUACCUGAGGCGAUGGUCCACAAUGUGUACUAUGAUAAUUAUUCUGCAGUUGCAGCUGCUGGUGUGCCUGGACUUGUGUUUUGGUUCCUUUUUGUCAAGGCUUCUAAACUCACAAGAACUCCCAACUGCCCGCGAUUCACAGAUGAGGAUGCAGAGGCAACGAUCCAAACAUAUGGAAGUGCCCUUGUAGGUCCUGGGUACACAGUGAAGGACCUCUGGGAUGCUCGAGUAAAAGGCACAUUGGUGCCCCUGGAAGAGGGUGUUCUCAAACAGUGGAGCCAUAACCGGGUGGUUUUGAUGGGUGAUUCAGUUCACAAGUGCACAGUCAACCCUGGAUUAGGCGGUAAUCUCGCCUAUGAAGGUAUCGCUCGUUUGACCAACGGCCUCGUGCCUUUGCUGAGAGAGCACCCCAUGCCAUCUGUUGAGCAGUUGUCCGAGGUUUUUACGCAGUAUAUAAAUGGCCAGAAACCUCGAGCAGAAAAAGUUGUUGAGCUUUCAGGUCAGAUUACGCGGUAUGAAGCCCAAGACACAUGGGCUUUCAAAUUUGCAGCCCGUCACAUCGUUCCCUGGGUUAGUGACAGACUCAAGGCCAAACUAUAUGCCAGUUUCUCAAGAGGCGGUCCUUGUUUGGAGUAUCUUCCACUGCCUGCGAUGGAUGCAGAUCUAGCGAAGCCCGCUAAGAAGCCCAGACGCGGCAUUUUCUCAAAGCUGAUUCCAGUCAUGAUCAUGAGCGGUGCUGCUGUUAUUUUUUGGCAAAUGCAUAAUCAUGAUCCCUUUCUCUCGUCGAUCUCUGAAUUUAUGAGACAAUGGGAGUAG